AUGAGUCAGAUGUUGACACCUGAAUAUUUACUGUCAGCUUUGUUCAUGAGUGUGUGUAACCUUCGUCUGUGGUUUUAUGUUGGUGGCUUAAACUCAUAUUUUGAAUUUAUGUCUGGCCAUAACAACGAUACGGGUAAGUUGACUUUCAAAGUUCUGUUUACUUUUUUUUGCAUCUUUAAUGAAGCCAGAUGGAAAACGAAAACAAUUUAGGUGGCCGGACAUUUUGCCGAAAGAGACUUUGCCAAAAGACAUUUUGCCAACAGACAUUUGCCGAACGGACAUUUUGCCGAACGGACAUUUUGCCGAACGGACAAUUUGACGAACGGACAACUUGCCGAAAAUAGAGAUAUCUUCUGAACUUUAGAGGUUUCGCUUACACGGUCAAAGUUUCUGUGAUUAAAGUCAUUGUCGAUUUCGAUGACAGGAACUUUGAUAGUGAAGCAUAUAGUUUCGUUUUAUAUUCUUUCAAGUUUUCUAUAAGUUUACCGAAAUUUCGCCAUAUAUAAAAGAAUAACAUCAUUCAACAUCAUUCAUGAAUGCGAUUUCCCAGAGAACUGUGAAUGUAUUCGAUGAUUCUCAAAGUGAAAUUCGCUUACGUCGUUGUCUUUAUAUAUGGCUUGUUUGUUUACGACCUGACGUCAAAACACGUUCCUAGCAAAUAAGUCCUCCGGUGCACAAACAAGCUACCAAUAGUCAAUAUGCAUGGUUAUGUACUGCUAAUGACCCAUUACGCACUGCUAAUGACCAUAUAAUGGUUAUUUUACACAAUUGUUGAGAAUUACACUGUUGAGAAAUGAGUCACAGUCCCAAGAAUUUUGACGAAAUAACAAUAUAACAUCUCUAUUUUUGGCAAGUUGUCCUUUCGGAAAACUGUCCGUUCGGCAAAAUGUCCGUUCGGCAAAAUGUCCGAUCGACAAAACGGCGGUUCGGCAAAACGUCCGUCGGCAAAGUGUUCGUUCGGCAAAAUGUCUUUCGGCAAAAUGUCUUUCAGCAAAGUGUCUUUCGGCAAAAUGUCCGGGUACCACAAUUUAUUUGUGCGUUCCAUCUUUUAAUGUAGUAAGCAAGUAUACCAAUUGGUUUGGUAUUAUUCAAUGCACUGGUUUUUUCUUCGCUCCCAUCACGGGUCUUAUCACGGACUGGAAACGAAAGAAGGAAGAGAAAACUGGUCUUUCCGGUUUUGUUACUUGUUAUCUUUUGAUUGCAUCUGUCGCUUUAAUAUUGAACAUUCUGGUUCUUCUUCCCAGUCUAUCUGUGCAG